UCUUAUAAACGCUCGCCAACUGCCGUGCAGUUAAGGUUUGCUUUAAGUAAUUGUCCAAAAAGUAGUUUCAAAACCUGAAGAAAAUGGUGUCGAGUGUAAAAAUGAUCUUGGCUCUCGCCGUCUUGGCCACCGUAGCCUGCACUGGCUACGCCAUCAAGUGCUAUCAGUGCGAUUCCUUGACUAAUCCCGAAUGUGGAAAGGACAUCAAGUCAGACAGUAGCCUCGUUUUGGAUUGCACCAAGACGGCUCCACCUCGAUUCCUCCAGAACUUCUUCCCAGUUCGCAACGCCACCGGCUGCAUGAAGCAGACCAUCGACAUUCCCGGUAGCCCGCAGAUCGUGAGGUCCUGCUACUUCGGCAACAUCUCCGACACGAAGACUGGAUGCCAGACCGAUCCCAGCCUGACGCUCAACAAGUUGCUGAGCUGCGAGGUUUGCACCGAGGACGAGUGCAACGGAUCCUCCUCCCUGGCCCCCAUCGCCGGAGUCAUCCUCCUGUUCUUUGGCCUGGCCCGCCUGCUGGCCUGAGCGAGAAGCUGGUUUUAGUGCCGCUGAGCUAUCCCAAACAUAUCGAGCUUGCUGAUGAAAAGCCAGCCCCGAGGAGCUGCUUUAGUCACCUUUGAAUCUCUUGUAAUUGUUACACCAUUUUAAACUGUUUUCGCCCACAUUAAACGUCGCUUUAUUUAUGUGAAGAUA